GCGCGGCCCACCGGGUUCCAAAACAAGGAAAUGAAGAGGGGAGGCGGGACUGGGGGUGCCUGCGGGAGCCGCCGCCGCCGCCGCCGCGGAGGAGGAGGAGGCGGCUUCCGCGGCCGCCGAGAAGGCCGCUGCUGAAGGCGGGCGCGGGGCGGGGGCGCGCGCGCCGAGAGGCGGCUGCUGCGGGAGCGGAGCGGAGGGCGCGGCGGGAGGAGGGUCUGAGCGGCGGCGGCCCCCGCGCCCCGGCGCCUCCAUGGGGAAAGCAGACAAUGGAUUAUGAUUUCAAGGCGAAGCUGGCGGCGGAGCGGGAGCGGGUGGAGGAUCUGUUUGAGUACGAAGGGUGCAAAGUGGGACGCGGCACCUACGGGCACGUCUACAAGGCGCGGCGGAAAGAUGGAAAAGAUGAAAAGGAAUAUGCACUGAAGCAAAUUGAAGGCACGGGAAUAUCCAUGUCGGCAUGUAGAGAGAUUGCACUUUUGCGGGAAUUGAAGCACCCUAACGUGAUCGCGUUGCAGAAGGUGUUCCUUUCUCACAGCGACAGGAAGGUGUGGCUGCUGUUCGAUUAUGCGGAGCAUGAUCUGUGGCAUAUUAUUAAGUUUCACCGUGCAUCAAAAGCAAAUAAAAAGCCCAUGCAGUUACCAAGAUCUAUGGUUAAAUCAUUACUUUACCAGAUUCUUGAUGGUAUCCAUUACCUCCAUGCAAAUUGGGUGCUUCACAGAGAUCUGAAACCAGCAAAUAUCCUAGUAAUGGGAGAAGGUCCUGAGAGGGGGAGAGUCAAAAUAGCGGACAUGGGUUUUGCCAGAUUAUUCAAUUCUCCCCUGAAGCCCCUGGCGGACCUGGAUCCAGUAGUUGUGACUUUUUGGUAUCGGGCUCCGGAGCUUUUGCUUGGUGCGAGGCAUUAUACGAAGGCCAUCGAUAUAUGGGCAAUAGGUUGUAUAUUUGCUGAAUUGUUGACUUCCGAGCCUAUUUUUCACUGUCGUCAGGAAGAUAUAAAAACAAGCAACCCCUUUCAUCAUGAUCAGUUAGAUCGGAUAUUUAGUGUCAUGGGAUUUCCUGCAGAUAAAGACUGGGAAGAUAUUAGAAAGAUGCCCGAGUACCCUACGCUUCAGAAGGACUUCAGGAGAACAACGUACGCCAACAGCAGCCUCAUCAAGUACAUGGAGAAGCACAAGGUGAAGCCCGACAGCAAAGUGUUCCUCUUGCUUCAGAAACUCCUUACCAUGGAUCCGACCAAGAGGAUCACGUCAGAGCAGGCACUGCAGGACCCCUACUUUCAGGAGGACCCCCUGCCGACGCUGGAUGUGUUUGCUGGCUGCCAGAUCCCAUACCCUAAACGAGAAUUCCUGAAUGAAGACGAACCUGAGGAGAAGGGUGACAAGAACCCCCCACCGCCGAACCAGCACCAGCCGCCCGCAGGCGCGCCUGGCCCGCCGGUCCCCACGCAGAGCAGCGCGCAGACCAACGGGGCGGGGGCGCUGCCCAGCCAGGACUCUGGACUGGGCCCCGGGCCCCCCAAGAAGCCGCGGCUCGGGCCGUCGGGGGCGAGCUCGGGCGGGCCCGCCGCGCCGCCCGACUACCAGGGCAUCUUCACGUGUGACAGUGCCCAGAUGCCCCGGAGCUCGUGGAGCCCGCUGCCCCUGCCCCUCUGCCCCUCUGUCCUGCAGCCCUCUGCCCCUCUGCCCCUGCCCUGCUGCCCUGCCUUGUCAGCGGUGCUGCCCUCCCACCGUAGCCUCUGCCCCUGAGAACUCUCCUCUAAGAAGGUCUCUGUGAUCACACCUUUGCUGUUUGUAAUGAGAUUCACAGCACGUCAGUUCACAUUAUGCGUGCCAGGGAUGAGUAUGCGAGAUCGCUCAUUCCUGUUGGCAGGUCUGUGCCGAGCAGCGGGUCCCAGCAGUCCGCCCUCCGCCUUCCCUGGCCAGUGCAGCCUGUGCCCCAGGGAAGGCCAGUCAGAUGCGGUUGUGACGGUGGGUGGCAGGCUGCGGUUUGAAAUAAGCGAGAUGCGUGAGCAGACCAGUUAGCGGUCAGCCACGGGGGUUCUGAGCCGGAGCCUCCGGUGGAGACGGCCUGGGUCCGUCCCGUCGCGAGGAGCCCCGGGGCCGCCCCCGCCGCCCAGUAACCGCCCUGCCGGUUUCCUUCCAGCACUCCGGUUCUCGCCUGAGCUACCAAGGCAGCGCCCAGGGGUCGUCCCAGUCGCAGAGCACCCUGGGCUACUCCUCGUCUCAGCAGGGCGCGCAGUACCACCCCGCCCACCCCGCCCACCAGGCCCACCGGUACUGAGCCGCACAGCCCGGAGCUCCCGCUCCAGCCGCGUGACGUCUGCUCUGAACAGAACAGGAACGCAGGCCGGGAGGCCGCGCCCAGCAGGCGCGCUGGAUGCCGCGCGUUUUGCACGGCUGCUGACGUCUCUCCCUUACCGACCUGGGGGAGAGUUUCGCGAUGCUUCCCGGGACCCUCCGCUGCGUGCGUUCCGCCGUGACCUCUCUGACGAAGCGUCUGAUCUAAUCCCAGCACUUCCGUGACCUUCAGCAUCUUUUGGAAGAGUUUCCUGGUGCACCUUUCUCAUGCUGUAGCAAUCACUCUGAUACGUCUUUUCAAAGCUCUUUUAAUAGGAUUUUAAUGUUUAGAAACAGGACUCCAGUGGUGUAUAGUUUUAUAUGUCAAGAACCGAUUGAGCAACAUAGGUAAAAGCACCUUUUCAGGCACUACGUCCUUUUCGGAAACAAUUACUGCUUUGCUCGCAGAAGUCUUAACGAGGAGCCGUCGCUGUCCCAAAGUACGUUGGCUGUUAGGUUUCUGUUUACCUAGUUUCAGGGAAGGCCUAAUGAAAAGACACAUGGCGGGGCAGAGGGGGCCUCCACGCCAGACAGCCCAGAUCUUUGCAGUUACUCUGCUUGGUGCUAUGAAGACCUGAAGCAUGUGCUGGUUUUAUCUAGUCGUCCAUGGGGAGCUCAGUUCCCAGCAUCAUCUUAUUCUGAAUAGUAUCAGCAGCUAAAGAUAAUUUUAACCUUCGUGUAGCGACAUCUACCUUAAAAAGGGUUCGAGCGCUUUGGCGACAGAGUCCCCUGGUGCCACAGAAGGCUGACGUGGCCACUACCUGCUCCAGGACUUCGUAGGAGUGAUGUUGUCGAAGGAGGUGCUGCUUCCCUUUGAAGGAAAAGCUUUUCGUGUGUGUCGUGCGUAAUGAUGGCUUCUCUGAAGAGCUCUUGGUUUCUUCACAUCUGGGUUAGCUUGAGUAACUCCUUACGUAAUCAAGAUACUCAAAUAGAAGCCUGCAAAUUAAUCUGCUUUUAAUCAAGAGCAGUGUUCUCCAUUCAUAUUUGCAUUAGACAUAGAGACUAUUUUUAAAGCAUGUUAAAAAUUUAGAUUUUAUUCCUGUGUAAAGUAUGUAUUAUGUAUGCAUAAUUUUGCCGUUAACUGAAAUUUAAUUCUAUCAAGAAUCUUUUCAUUGCACUGAAUGCUUGCUUUUGCCCCUAGGAGAAAAUGUAAUAAUUGUGCCUAAAAAGCUGUGGGCGGAUAGUAUACAACUGUACUAGAAAAAGUGCGAUUUGCAUUUCCGUGAUCUGUGAAUUAGAGGCUGAGUUCUUAGCCAGUGCAAGGAACCCCUCACUCCCCGGAGUCACAAGGAAAUGUAAAGACUGUGCUCCCACUGGACCAGAAGGGGCAACAAUUGGUGUUCUUGGAAUGCUACUAGCAGCACCAGCCUUGUUUUAAACGUUUUCUUGAGCUAGAAGAAAUAGUUGACUAUUGUAUAUGCAAGUUACAUGCAUUUUUUUAACUAUUCUUUGUGAACUUAUCUACCUGGUUAUGAUACUCUGGGUCCAUACACAAGUAAAAUAAGAUUUUUAGACAGAAGCCAGUAUACACUUUGCACUAUUGAUGUAAUACUAUAGCCAGCAAGGACCUUACUUUUCUCAGCAUAAUAAUGCUAUUGAUGAUAAAGACCCUCUGGUGACGCUCACCACCACUGGAUGUGAGACAGUGGAUGUGCCCUGUUGGGAGGCAUUUCUGAUUGUCUCCACAGUAAUUUGCCCCUUCUAUUUCUUAAAAUGAGAAAUGAAUAGCCCUCUGCAUACAGAGCUCCCUGUGUGAAGUUCCCCCUGUGCCCUGGUGCCUCCCUGCCCAGGUUCCUGGUCCCCAGCUGCUCCCUGCGCCCCCUCCAGGUGCCCAGGGCAUGUGAGUGGAAGGCAUGCAGAUGCACGUCUGUCCUUCAGAGCCUGUGAUCGAGGCCACGGUGGGAGGCUCUCCCAGGAUGGUUGGCUUACAAGUGAAACAGUCUUAGAAUGUAAAGUUCCUUUUGUUCGCUUCUAAACCCACCUGUGUAGAGUCACUGUUCCAGAUUCUGCUCUCUACUAAACCGUGUUACGGAGAGGUUUCUGUUCAUCUACCUUUGAGAAAGCCAGCAGUUAGGUAUCACGACAGGCAUUCAUGUGUGUUUGGAACGCCCACGGCAGCCCUUCAGCAGCUGGCGGCCCCUGUGGGCGGAACACACUCUUCACGUUGGUCGUAGGAAAUUCUAACGGGCAUAGAGGCUCUGUUCCUGCCCUCUCGGGGGGCUUACAUUUAAUAAAAAACCCAAGCCUGUGCAGGAGCCGAAAUGCCAUGGCUCACGCCUGACGCUCCUGAGCGGCUCUGCCCACAGAGCUGGGGUGCCAGGUUCUGCCGCGGGACCCCAGCCUCCCUUGUGCAUGGGGGGCUGUGGGCCCGUGACAGGAGCUGGUGGGGCCCUUGUCAGCUGCCCCUGGGGUCCCGUGCUCGCGGCAGAGCCAGCAUCCCAUCCCCGCUGCACCCCGGGUGGGUUUCUGGUCCCUGGUGGGUCCCGGCCCUCCCCUCCUGAGUUCUUGCCUCAGACUUGGUGGUGCCCAUUACCAGUGGUGCCUGUUACCCUUUGGAAUAAUUUUGGUUCAUUAUUUCCUUUUCUCUGUGAAGGGGAACAAAACCUUUAACACACUUACGGGUCCUAAACUGCAGGACCUCAAAGAAGACCUGUGAAGCCUGGUCAUGUUAAAAUGUACCUUUGUGGUCCCCAAAAGACAAUUCUCUUUGAGAGUUUUUUACUGUCACGUCCCCUGAGAACAGAGGGGGGCAUCCUGUAGCCUGUGGGACCCCGAACCAGGGGGGUCAUCGAAGGAAAGAAGGCGUCAGGGUGAAGGGUUUCUGCUCUCCCCGCCACAGAUCAGUUUUCGAGUGAGCUUGCUGGUGAGGUGUGUGUGUGGUCCGAGGGCAGCGGAGCCCGAGGGAGGGCAGCCGGGUGGCGGGGCUGAUGCCGUGGGGCAGACGCAGUCCUCGUGGUGAAGCAGGUAGUGCGGGAACACACGCGCAAAGCCAAGGACCUGUAGGUUUAUACCCGUAUGAUUUUUAAACUUUAGUACUUAGACUUUUAGCCUUCUGCACUAGUUUUUUGCCCUCAUAAAUGUAAUUGACAUUUAGGAAUAGAGGGGGUGACAUUUACCUGUGUGUGUUCACUGGCUUGUGUCUCUGGUGAAGCAACUUAGCUGUAUGCCUUGAAAAUGUGCCGUUUUCUCUGCUAAAUGUAAAAGAAAUAGUUGGGCAAUAAGUACUGCAGCUCAGUCUGCUUUGAGUACAUUUAUGUAGCAGAAACUAUACAAUGAAGGAAGAAUUCUGUGAACGUUGCAAAUCCUAAACUCAAUGAUGUUACCUACCUAGGGGAUGGAAGAAGGCAGUGAAAUGACAGACUGUAGGAGGCUUGAAGGAUUCAAGUAUAACGAGUAUUUUAUAUAAAACAAAGCAGUUUAGGUCCCCAUGAUCUUCAGUAGUCACAAUUAUAAAGUAAAGUUUGUUGUUUUAGGAUUUUAAAAAACUGUGUUGUACCUAAGGCCAUACUUAUCUUCUAUGCUAUCACUGCAAAGGGGUGAUGUGUAUUAUAUGAAAAAAAUCCUAAUGCACUGUUAUCUCCUAAAUAUUUAGUAAAUUAAUACUAUUUAAUUUUUUUAAAGAUCUGUCUGUGUAGACACUAAAAGUAUUACACAAAAUCUGGACAGAAGAUGUCCUUUUUAACAACAAUUUAAAGUACUUUUUAUAUAUGCCAUGUAGUUUAUCCUUUCUAAGCGGCCUAGUUUGUAGACCCCAUAACUCCUGUUGUGAUGUUUGCCCGUCGCUGUCUCCCUCUCCCGUCAUUCUCUGCACGCCUCCCUCUGCAGUCCACGCUCCGCUGCGGGUGUGCGCUCCCCGCCGCGGCCCUGCGGGGUGCAGGCCGGGCGUUCCUGCUUCUGAGCUGUCCUGCCAGCCUUCCUGAAAUGACUGUUGAACUGAAAUAAAUUACAUCGCAUUUAUUUUAUACUCUUGGUUGUAAUAAAACUUAAUUGACUUUG